GGCACACGCACACACACGCACACACACACGAGAAGAAGUAGAAGAGGAGCUCAAAUCCACGCGUGGAGGACGAGAAUACGAUGAAGAUGUUGUUUCCGCUGCUGCUGCCUCUUCUUCUGCUGUGCCUGCACUGUCCUGCCGGUGUGUCCGUGACAGUGAGCUCUCGCAAAGCCAAGGUGGAGGUCCACGAGCACACGGACGCUGUCCUGUCCUGCGACUUCCGCACCGAGAAAGACCAGAACCCUCGCAUUGAGUGGAAGAAGAAAGGACAGGCCGUCACCUUUGUCUACUUUAAUGACAAAUUCACUGGCUCAUACGCAGGCCGGGCCAAGAUGGAAGGGGCCACGCUGACCAUCCACUCGGUGACCGAGAAGGACUCGGGAGAGUACCGCUGUGAGGUCACGGCCGGCCAGGACCACAUCAACUUUGGAGAGGCCACCGUCAACCUCUACGUUCUCGUGCCUCCUCACAUCCCGUCGUGCGACGUUCCCCGCUCGGUGUUCGUGGGCUCCGACCUGGAGCUUCUCUGCAAGGACAAGCUGAGCGUGCCCCCGGCGAUGUACAGCUGGUACAAAGACAACAAGGCCCUGAUGGCCUCGGCCGACACGCCGUACAGCAUGGACUCGCACAAGGGAACGCUGAAGUUCAAAAGUGUGUCCAAAAUGGACUCGGGGAUGUAUCGCUGCGAGUCCUCCAAUAGCGUGGGGGCGCCCAAGAGCUGCGUGGCACAACAACUAAAAGUUGUGGACUAUCCCGUGGAUGUGACCUUUUUGAUAGCGGGCGCUGCAGGGUUUGUGAUUCUCACGCUCCUCUGCUGCCUCUGCGUGUGUGUUUGCCAUCGCCGAAGAUGCUGCAAGAAAGACAAGAAAGCAAAAAGCACCAAGUCCUACAGCCCCCCUCCUCCUCCGCCCAUCCACAGUCUCAUGAACUACAAACAAACUCAGUCUUUCAUGAUCUGACUUGUCCCUCUAGUGAUGUCCGACCAUCCAAAAGCCAACGUUUAUCAUUCAAUGCACUGGAAUGUUGUUGCCCACGCUGGUAUUUUCUUAAAAGACCAAAACCUAAAGCUGAUUUUUGUCACAUCCUUGCAGGUUCCCAUCCAUCAGGGAUGUGAAAACUUUGAUACAUUUUGUGCGUUAAAGAUGCUAAAAGCAAUCCAGUGGAGGUCGAACAGUGGAAGCUCGGUUAGCGUAGGCCUCGGUUAGCGUGUUUUUCGGUUAAUGUCGAAAAUUUGCACCCAAAUUUUGCCUCCAGCUAGUGUGCAAUAUAGCGCACGUCUCGUCGUGUUAUGAUGACACUCUGUGUUCUUCAUGUAUUUGAUCACAAAACGUCCUGAUUAGCAUCCCAUUAGUUUGCUAAUACAUGGAAGUCAGCUCCGUCGCCCGCCUAUGAUGUCAUCAGCGGUUGACUCUGUAGUUCUUUGCUAACAAACACAGUUACGCCACAAGUCUCAAAAAUGUUUUUAUAGUUUUGCUGUUACAGUUUUACAGUGGUGUGGAAGAAGUGUUUGCCCCCUUCCUGGUUUCUGAUUUUUUUGCGUGUUGGCCACACCUGAAUGUUUCAGAUCAUCAAACAAAUUUAAAUAUUAGUCAAAGACAACACAACUCAACACAAAAUGCAGUUUUCAAGUGAAACUUUUUGUUAUUAAAGGAGAAAUAUAAUCCAAAGCUACAUGUCCCUGAGUGAAAAAGUGAUUGCCCCCUAAACCUAAUAAGUGAUUGGGCCCCCCUUAGCAGCAACAACUGCAAUCAAGCGUUUGUGAUAACUUGCAAUGAGUCUCUUCCAGCGCUGGGGAGGAAUUUUGCAGAAUUGUUGUCAUUCAGCCACAUUGGAGGCUUUUCCAGCAUGAAGCACCUUUUUAAGGUCAUGCCACAGCAUCUCAAUGGGAUUCAGGUCAGGACUUGGACUAGACCACUCCAAAGUCUUCAGCCAUCCAGAGGUGGACUUGCUGGUGUGUUUUGGAUCAUUGUCCUGCUGCAGAACCCAAGUUGCUUUCAGCUUGAGGUCACCAACAGAUGGUCAGACGUUCUCCUUCUGCAGAAUUCAUGCUUCCAUUUAUCACAGCAAGUCUUCCAGGUCCUGAAGACCAUCACACUACCACCACCAUAUUUUACUGCUGGUAUGAUGUUCUUUUUCUGAAAUGUGGCGUUACUUUUACACCAGAUGUAAUGGGACACACGCCUUCCAAGAAGUUCAACUUUUGAGUAUUUUCCCAAAGGUCUUGGGGAUCAUCGAGAUGUUUUCUGGUAAAAUUGAGACGAGCCUUAAUGUUGUUUUUGUUCAGCAGUGGUUUUGGUCUUGGAACUCUGCCAUGCAAGCCGUUUUUGCCCAGUGUCUUUCUUAUGGUGGAGUCAUAAACACUGACCUGAACUGAGGCAAGUGAGACCUGCAGUUCUUUGGAUGUUGUUGUGGGGUCUUUUGUGACCUCUUGGAUGAGCUGGCUCUGCGCUCUUGGGGUGAUUUUGGUUGGCCGGCCACUCCUGGGAAGGUUCACCACUGUUCCAUGCUUUUGGCCAUUUGUGGAUAAUGGCUCUCACUGUUGUUGGCUGGAGUCCCAAAGCUUUAGAAAUGGUUUUAUAACCUUUUCCACACUGAUAGAUCUUAAUUCAUCACACAGGGUCAUGUAGGUUUGGAUUUUUUUCUCCCUUAAUAAUAAAAAGUUCAUUUAAAAACUGCAUUUUGUGUUCAGUUGUGUUGUCAUUGACUAAUAUUUAAUUUUAUUUGAUGAUCUGACACAUUUAAGUGUGACAAACAUGCAAAAACACAAGAAAAGAGGAAUCACACCACUGUACAUGCAUAGAAUAAUUCUAAAUGCAUAUAAAUGAUGACUGAAAGGGAGAAACGAACAUCACUUUUAUCCUCACUAGGGGCAUGAUUGUUGCCAAAGACACGAUGUGGCAGCCAGAUCAACACGGACAACACCUUCCUGUUUUGCCAUGAGUUAUUUCUUAAAUUCCAAAGUGUUUCUCACACCUUCAUUGGCUCCGUUUUGGGUUAUGUUGCAGCUGUGGUCAACAGAGAAGCAGUGACUUGAGGUGGGGAACACUACUGAGUUCAAGAAAUAACUCAUGGCAAAACAGGAAGGUGGUCUCACCCCCACGUCUUCAGUAAAGGUAAAAAUAACAUUAAAUGUUCAUUUAUCCCUGUCAUUCAUCAUUUAUAUGCAAUUUGAAUUGUUUUUGCAUGUAAAACUAUCAUUGUAAAACUAUAAAAACAUGUUUUUCCAAUUUUUGGAUUUACAUGAUCUCUUGUGGGAAAAAUUGAUUUGGUUAGAGUCUGACUUUCUGGAAGGGAUUAAUGACGCUAACCAAGGUUCCACCGUAAUUUCAUUUUUAGAAUAUGCCGAGGGCCAAAAAAGAACACACUACGGCAAUAAAUGGCCCCCCAGGCUGCGCUUUGGACGCACCCGCCAUACAUGAUUGCCAAAGUGGGUAAAGGACUAUUUCUGUUUGGUCUAUUCACAAAUGUUCCAAAUUUGUGUCAAUAUUAGAGUCCUUCUCUCGAAAGACUCAUGACGGCGUCCAUUAUCCGUAUUAUUCCCUCCUGCAUUCUAUCUAUUUUUGGAUCCACAGAAGCUUUAUUUUUCUCCCAGUCAUGUUCAUAUACUCUAUUUUAUUAACGUGUAUGUGUGUAAAUUAUACGGUAGUGCUCGUGUUACAGUUACUCUCUUUGAGCUUUGUUUUUCAUUUUAAGGCGUGUGAACGAAGAAAGAAACGAACGGGUGUCUGCAAACACUGAAUGAAAUAACGACGUAUCUCAAUUUCAAUCCUCAGAGAAUAGUUUGCGAAAAAGAGCUAUUCAGAUUUUUUCUUGAUUAUUUUCAAGCCAUUUUGGUGUUGUAGAAUUGUCAUCUCUGUUCCUUUAAUUGGCCUAAGACGGGAAAGCUACACAAAAUUAACACAUUUGUUCCUCACAACCAAAAAUGUCCCUUUGAAAACCUUUGAAAAUGCAAUUUUUGACUCCUCAUUUAUCCUAAUAUAAACGAAUGAAAUCCUUUGUUAUGAUUUCAAUUUAUACGACUGGCUUUCAAUUUUUCAUUUGUAUAAUUGUCCACCAGAUGGAGCUAUUCUUCCCCGGUCAAAAGCAUGCAGCAACAAUUUUACCGUUCUCUGCAAGGGUGCGUGGCUACUGAAAUGUGUGUGGAUUUAUGCAAACAUACUGACAAAAUCCUGAAAAUAUCAUUAGUACUCGAUAUGUAUAUUUCAGACUGAAGUAUUUUUACAAGAUUAACAGAAAAAACAUAAAUAUACUGUAUAAUAUUUUUACAGUAGUUUUUGGAAAGCUGACGUUUUUUACCUUGAGCGUGAGUUUUUGUUUUCAAUCGAAAUUGUUCCAAAAAAGUAUGAAAAUGAAUGUUACUGUCAAUCAUUGAGCCAUCUCAGAGAUGAAUAAUAAUAAUGCUAAUAAUAAUCACAUAAUACUUACAAUGUAGUUGAUAGAAAUGGUUAUUUCUUUCAGGUAAACAUAUAAACAUAUUGGCCUUUAAAGGGUUAAAAUCCCCCAAAUUGUCAUUUAAAAAAGUAAAAAUCAAUAACCCCCUCCCCCAAGUAAUAAGUAUUAGCAUGCUUCCACAUAGUAUGACUUACACGUGUAUACAGUAAUGCAUGUUGACAUGAUUAUUUUUAUAAAUGCAGCAAAAACGCAGCCUACUGUAAUUGGAUGAGUGUUGUAUUACUAGGCAUGGCCGCUAGAGGGCGACAAUGCACCGAGUGUCAGUAGCCUGAACAGCAGAAGGCCAUUGUGGUGCCAUUUUUUUCAUUUUGCAUGUAUGAACAACAGCUUUAAUUUAGGCUUUUUUGUUGCUUUUUUUCCUUAUUGCUGUCCCCAUAAAGGUCUUGAAAUGCAGUUGUCUCUUCUGGUAUUGUUUACUGUUUACGCACAUACUCCACAUACGACUGUAGGUAUGCAUACUUUUGAUUACAAUGAAUUUCCUAAUAAGCCUUCAUGUUUAAUGCUCUCUUUAAGGGGUUUCUUCCAUCCAAUUUUAGCUUGUGUGUGUGUGUGAGUGUGGCUGGGUAUCUGUCAAGAGAGGGGCUUAGGAGUGUGAAAAUAAGUGUGAGAAAACGACACAGAGAGUGUGUGUGAGUGGGCGCUGGCUGUCAAGUGACAUCUAUGUCAGCGCCGCUGGUUUAUUAAGACGCUGCUCGGCGGUAGAUGGAACCUCAAAAGUCACCUCCAUCUUUGGACACCCGGCAGCCCCCUCCCUGUCACGGCACCCUCAGGGUGUUGAGCUGGGACGCGAGUGGUUGGAAUCACUGAUGAACUCAUAAAACGACAUUUACACACCGUUAAAGUUUUGUUGACGGUGGCUAACCGGGGACGCAAAAUGGAGUAAAAGUUGUUUUUUUACAACAUAAAGUUGUUUCUCGUAAAUUUACGGCUUUAUUCUCAUAAAUGUACGACUUUAUUCUUGAAGUAUGACUUUUUUUCUUGUAAAUGUAUGACUUUAUUCUUGAAAUCUCCGAUUAUUUGAAUACUCCGUUGUGACAGGCAUUGCCUGAGACAGCGAUGACAUGUGACCUUUGGCCUUGGGCAAAAUAUUACGACUCUAUUCUCAUUAAUUUACGACUUUUGUCUUGCAAACUUGCGACUUUAUUCUUGUCGAUUUACAACUUUACUCUCGUAAAUGUGCAACUUUUAUCUCGUUAAUAUGCAACUUUUUUCUCCUAAAUUUGCAACUUUUUCUCUUGUAAAUUUUACGACUUUAUUUUCAUAAAUUAACAACUUUUUUUCUUGUAAAUUUCCAACUUUUUUUUUUGUAAAUUUACGACUUCAUUCUCGUAAAUUUUAAGUUUUCCUCAGCCUUCCUAUUUCUGAUCGUUAUGCCACAGUUUGUGUUAGCCCGUUAUCAGCUCUUGGCUCUUAUGUCACACUGACAUCAACGCCGUCAAUGCCUCUGGGACAUAGUCACAACAGGAAGUAGACCAGCGGCACGGCAGGGAUCACCACAGGAAACUUUCACUUCCUGCCCUUAACGGGAAGAAAUAGCCAUAUUUAAACAUUUAAAAGCUGGCAGACGGCGUCCCCUACAGUUUCAUGAAAUGUUUAUGCCGAGGUUCUGUCACACUGCCAAGAGGCCGUGCUGUGUGAAUGUGUUCCACUGACAAGUUUAUUACCAGUAUGUGAAAUUAAA